UGACGUCAGGCUUCCUUUUCCGCUCGCCGUAACCUGUCCUCCGAAGCGUUUUACUGUGCGAUGGAAAUGGCCGCCGCGGACACGGAGCUGCGCGACACAGAGUAAGCGGGAUUGGCAGGGCCCGGGAGCGGCUUUGACGGUCUGGGUGGUGGCGGCGUGGCAGUACGGGGCACGGCGGAUGGCACAGUGCCAGACUAGAGCAGCCUGGGCUCCCGUUAGGCUGCGAAGGCCGCAGGCCCCCCUGGGUGCCAUAGGGUGCCACACACGGGGCAAUGCAGGGCCAGGCUGGGCUCGGCUCCCGCUCGCCCUGGCUGUAGCCGCCAUGCUGUGCCCCUCAUUAGCAGCCAAGCUGGCGAAUGGCCCCUGCUGCCCAAACCACGGAGGGAGCUGGCGAUUAGCUACAAGGAACCCAUAAGGGGCCGAAACAUUGCCGCAUGGUGCUGAUUACACAUGCAGGAGAGGUGUGGCAGGGCGGGACUUGCUCUUUGUUGUUGUUUUUAAAAAAAAACAAAACUUUUUUUUUGUAGCGGCUAUUGUACUUUAUCUGCCUCCUAUAUGUCCAGGAAAACAGGUUUGGAAGUUAGGCAGCGUGGACUGUUAUUCCCAGCUGGGGAGCAACAUGCUUGAUUUAUAACUACUGUGCUACCUACAGUGUACACAGCUGCCAACAUUGAAAUAAGUUUUAAUCAAUCAGAUACUGCUUGUUCUUGUGUAAAUAUAAUGCAGUGUAGUAGCUUAUAUGUGUAUAUCAAAUGAAAACGUGUUUUGGCAUUUUAUUAAAGAGUAUGGUUGUUUAUAAACCGUAAACCUUAGUUGUGAACCUUUCUCAGCCGAGUACCACAAAUAGCGGGCGAAUUAUGCUGCAUAGUAUUCCAAAACAACUGUAUUAAAGGGAUGCUAUAAGCACCCAGACCACUUUAACUCAUUGAAGUGGUCUGGGUGUAGUGUUCCUGUCGCGCUUAGUCCUGCAGUGCAAGUCAGUCGGUAUUUACAGGCACUUCCAAGAUUUGAACGGAUUCCAGGUCGUCUAAAUCACGCCGAACGUCCUCCCAAUAUGCAUGAGGACAUCGAGCACCUAAGAAAUUCCCAUAGGAAUACAUUGAUUCAAUGCUUUCCUAAGGGGAUGGCCUAAUAUGUUUGUCGCACUUGUGCAUUAGGUUCCCCUGUCAAGUGAUGGAGGAGGCGGAGAGUCGACCCAGUGCAGAGGGAGAUCAGCGCUGUAUUGGGUAAGCGAUUAAAGGUUUUUUUUUGUUGUUGUUGUUUUUUAACCCUUUCUGGGACGGGGGAGGGAGGCUACCAGGUGGCAUUUAAGCGUUAAGAAUACAGAUUUCUAUUCCUAACACUAUAGAAUCCUUUCAAAGCAGAGCUCUGACACUAUUUAGAAUGUCAUAAAGAUUUAAUCUUUAUUAAAUACCGACCAGGUUGGAAUCCACAGAUACCAUGUACUACUACUUUGUCCUAUGUACAUGCUUAAGGUUGGGGGAAAAAGUAAGUCACAGUCACAAAUGAUGGCAUUGGAAUUCAAGGGUUGUCUCACUCAUCUUGAGACGUUUUACAGAGUCCUCCAUAGACCUCUGUGUUGUACUCUUGUUUGUGCGCAAGAUUAUAGUACUGACACGGUUCUUGGCAGAUGAAGCACCAGGAGCUAAGAAGGCUCUACAGGAUGAAAAAAAGCAGUGCCUGGAAGGGAUCACUUUAGCUAAGUAAACUUAUCUUAUGCUGAACCCCACUGCCUCUGGAUCUUUACCGGAGUUGUCACUUUGUGACAGAUCCACAGUAAUAGUGUGCUGAUGAAUUGACUGACAGGUGGAGAAAAAAACAACCUAUAUUUAAAUUGAUCUUUCUCCUAAUCUAUAAAUUUGCUAGCACAAUGUAAAUACAGAAUUUUAUGUCCUUUCAUAAAGCAUGUUAUAGGAGGUAUGAUAGUUAAAUACCCUGUAAAAAGUACUCAUUUAUUUGGUUUCAAAGAGUUACAUAUCCUGUACACAACUUUGCAAGAGAUCUGGAGAAACAAAACUGUCAAUGACCAAUUUUAGUUAUUUUUAAUCAUUACUUUGUUAAUGUUAGUGCUACUUAAAGGGAUACUAUAGUCACCCAGACCACUUCAGCUCAAUGAAGUGGUCUGGGUGCCACGUCCCUCAGGUUUUAACCAUUCACAUGUAAACAUAACAGUUUCCGAGAAACUGCUAUCUUUACAUUUUGGGUUAAUCCACCCUCUAGUGGCUGUCUUCCAUCCCUUUGUCCCAGCCUGAACCAGAAUCGGGCAAAAGCUGCAUCUAUGCGCUGUUGGAUGUCGCUGUGAUCCUCCAUCUCAGGUAAGCGUUUUGGUUCAUGUGGUAUGCUUGCCGCCGCCAUUUUGGGUACGCCAUGUGUUUGGCUGCCCUGGUGUCGCAGUUUAUCGAUUGGUAUGGUUUGCUUGUGGUUGCAAUUCCAGUUGCUUGGUUUGGAUACAAAGUCCCCCAGGUGGGGGGAGGGGAGGUAGGAGAUGAUCCUUGUCCAGGUCAGUCAGCCUGGGGAGCGGCCGUCUGCCUGAUCUCCGGUAGGCCUCAGGGCAUUUUGUUGGGUUUCCGGGGGGUUACAGGCUUGUGUUCGGUAUCAGGUGAUAUCUCUGGGUGUCCCCUUCAUGCUAGUGUCUGUCCAGUGUGCGAUUGUGUCGGUUUUUGGGGGGAUUAUCCCGGAAAAGUGCAGAGUGUAGCAGGAGCUGAGGUUCAGCACGACCGCUCUGUCUGGGUGCUAGGCUCCGCCCCCCCAUUAUUUAACAGAGUUAAUAGUACGUUUGUUAUAUACAGUAUCUCACAAAAGUGAGUACACCCCUCACAUUUUGUAAAUGUUUUUUAUUAUAUAUUUUCAUGUGACAACACUGCUACAAUGUAAAGUAGUGUACAGCCUGUAUAACAGUGUAAAUUUGCUGUCCCCUCAAAAUAACUCCGCACACAGUCAUUAAUGUGUAAACCUUUGGCAACAAAAGUGAGUACACCCCAAGUGGAAAUGUCCAAAUUAGGCCCAAUUAGCCAUUUUCAUCCCCGGUGUCAUGUGACUCGUUAGUGUUACAAGGUCUCAGGUGUGUUAAAUCUGGUGUUAUCACUCCCACACUCUCAUACUGGUCACUGGAAGUUCAACAUGGCAGCUCAUAUCAAAGAACUCUAAGGAUCUGGAAAAAAAUAAAUGUUGCUCUACAGAUGGCCUAGGCCAAGCAUGUCAAACUCAAAGUCUGGCACGUGUCACAUAAACAAGGUUAAAGUUUAUGUGGGCUGCAAAAAAAAACCCAAACCUUAAAUCUUCAUAGAAACGUAGGUUUAUUUUAAAAAGUACAAUAUAACCUUCCCCCCCCCGUGUGCCCCCCUCUACUAAACCACAGCAUCCCCCUCUACCACCCUUUGCCAAAUCUGAUCUGACACAGACUCACUGACAUACAGACACACAAACAGACUCAUUGACACGCACACAGACACACACACACUAAAGGUCUUAAAUUCAACGAUGUAAAAUCAUGUUGCUUACAUAUGUAGCACAGAAUGUCCCACACUAUUUUUCUUUCUCAAUGUGUUAUUACCUACUGAUUUUAGAAUACAUAAAACAAUAUAAUCGGGCCUGUGACAUUUGUGAGAUUUAUCAAGAGAAUAGUUGGAUUGUGAGAUUAUGAAAGUGCAAAUACCUGGCAGAAUGAUUUUUUUUUUUUGUGCUGUCAAUUCAUCAGAUUCACUGUGAUACUGACCCCAAAACUUAAAUAAAAUACCACUCUCACUGACACAGACAGACAGACACACUCUCACUGACACUUACACAUUCUUGCACUCACAUCAUUUAAUUUAUUUUCCCUACCAUUAGGAGCUGGUGUGGGGAACUUCAGUCUGGAGAUCUCCUUCCUGCUCCUCACUGCUCCCUCGUGCAGUUUAGUGAUGCUGGGUGCUGGAAUAUGAUGUCAUAUUCCGGCGCCCGGCUUCACUUAAGACAGUGAGUGCGAGGGAGCACUGAGGAGCAGGAAGGCUGAGCUCCCUUGCUGCUUCCACUGUCACUUCCUCCCCGGCCGGGUCGAUAUGAGCAGAGUAGGCACCUGCAAUGUGGGGAAAGCAGGUGCCCAUUCUGCUAUAAUAUCAGCAUGUACUUGCGGCUCACCUGGCCAAAGAAGUUGAGUGCAUGUGCUCAGCGUCAUAUCCAGAGGUUGUCUUUGGGAAAUAGACGUAUGAGUGCUGACAGCAUUGUUGCAGAGGAUGAAGGGGAGGGGUCAGUGCUUAGUCCAUACACCGCACACUGCAUCAAAUUGGUCUGCAUGGCUGUCGUCCCAAAAAGAAGCCUCUUCUAAAGAUGAUGCACAAGAAAGCCCCGAAACAGUUUGCUGAAGACAAGCAGACUAAGGGCAUGGAUUACUGGAACCAUGUCCUGUGGUCCGAUGAGACCAAGAUAAACUUAUUUGGUUCAGAUGGUGUCAAUUGUGUGUGGCGGCAACCAGGUGAGGAGUACAAAGACAAGUGUGUCUUGGCUACAGUCAAGCAUGGUGGUGAGUGUCAUGGUCUGGGCCUGCAUGAGUGCGGCCGGCACUGGGGAGCUACAGUUAAUUGAGGGAACCAUGAAUGCCAACAUGUACUGUGACAUACUGAAGCAGAGCAUGAUCCCCUCCCUUUGCAGACUGGGCCACAGGGACCCCAAACACACCUUCAAGACUACAACUGCCUUGCUAAAGAAGGUAAAGGUGGUGGACUGCUAAACAUAUAUCCAGACCUAAACCCUAUUGGGCGUAUAUGGGGCAUCCUCAAAUGGAAGGUGAAGGGAGCACAACGUCUCUAUCAUCCACGAGCUUUGUGAUGUCAUCAUGGAGGAGUGGAAGAGGACUCCAGUGGCAACCUGUGAAGCUCUGAACUCAUGCCCAUGAGGGUUAAGGCAGUGCUGGAAAACAAUGGUGGCCACACAAAAUAUUGACACUUUGGGCCCAAUUUGGACAUUUCCACUUAGGUGUGUACUUUUGUUUCCAACGGUUUAGACAUUAAUGGCUGUGUGUUGUUAUUUUGAGGGGACAGCAAAUUUACACUGUAAUACAGGCUGUACACUUACUACCUUACAUUGUAGCAUAGUGUAAUUUCUUAAGUGUUGUCAAAGGAAAAGAUAUAAAAAUACUUACAAAAAUAUGAGGGGUGUACUCACUUUUGUGAGAUACUGUACUUGAAGGGACACUGUAGGCACUGUAACAACUUCAUCUUAUUAAAGUUGUUAAAGUGCCUUUAGUCCUGCCCCCUGAGUGCUACACCCAAAAACUCUUUAAUAAUUAAAAUGCUUGGAAGCAUGGCUUCAAACCCUCUGAUUAUGAGAUCCUGGUUGUUAUUUCCCGAGUCUGGAUGUCGUACUAGCUUUGGACGUCGUACUAGCAGUGCCAGAAUCAUAGGUGCAUUAUGGAGAGCCCCACGUGUGUACAGACACUAGUGCUAGUUUAUGAGGAUCUUUGAAUUGAAACAACAUCCCGGAGGCGGCACUCCAAGAUAACAUCAGACAAGGAGGAGUCGCGACAGCGCAGAGGAAGACUCUGCACUGGAGUGAAUGUAAGCUAAUUUUUUUUUAAAUUUUUUUAUACUAAGUGGGCACAUCAAGACUGUAGUGUUGGGAAUACAGAUAUGCAUUUCUAAUGCUACAGUUAUCCUUUAAAGUCUGUAUUCCUAAUGUUUUUCAGGUCCUCUGUCCCAACCUUCUGAGUGCAUUCAAUUAAAAUGCACCCAGUUAUAGCACAGAGGCACUCUGGGUGCUGCUCACCUCUCCACAUUCUGCAAUUUCACAAAGUAGGCAUGACCUCCUCUGCAGAUGAAUGCACUCGUAGAUGAAUGCAUUCAAACUUUACCAUAGGAAAUCAUUAAAUGUGUGCUCUACUAUGGGUGUAACUGUCAUACAAAAAAAAAAAAAAAAAAAAGUUUUACAUUGGAAGGUUUAAAAGGACAGGGACACUACAUUGAAAAGCACAUAAUAUACAAUGUUGGCACUUUUGGAUCGUCUAUUUCUAGCCUUUUUUUUUUCUACACAUGUAAAAUAUUUUUUGUGUUUGCAGAAAAAUGUCAUAAAAGGUUAGCUUUGAUUUGUAGUGAUAUUGGUAACAUAGUAACGUGAGUGAGAGUAGCCGAUUGGAGUUUCUUCAUCUAUUAUGUGUGCUUCAUUCAAUAUUUUGCUUUUGCUGUCACCCAAAACAGAAGAGGUGUAUCAAAAUGUUUUUGCUAGCCUGUUUUAGAAAGAUUCUUUGGAUGUAAAAUAGGAACCUUCAGUGUCUAUUAAGCGAGGCAGUGUGGUUAACUAAUGUUAAGUCUAUGGGUGCGGCUUUUGAAAUAACUAUGCUGAGAAUGUCUGUGGAAAGGGUGAAGAAUAGCAAGGUGUAAAAGUAAUCAAUUGUGAUAGAAAUGUUGUGCUAUAGCAGUGUUAAGACACUAUAGUUACCAAAACAGCUUCAGCUGAACCCCUUAAAGGGACACUAUAGUCAACCAGACCACUUCAGCUCAAUGAAGUGGUCUGUGUGCCAGGUCCCUCAGGUUUUAACCCUUCACAUGUAAACAUAGCAGUUUCAGAGAAACUAUGUUUACAUAACAGGGUUAAUCCAACCUCUAGUGGCUGUCUUCCUGACAGCCGCUAGAGGCACUUCUGCGUCCAUAGAUGUCCAUAUCUAUGGACUGUUAGAAUGUGUGGCCCUUGCCGCGCAUUCAGCUCCACUCGGGAGCUGAUGUCGGUGGGGGAGAACAGGUCACCAGCGUCGAGGGAGCCCGGCGCUGGAUUAAGUUAAGCUGCUGAAGGGGUUUUAACAUAGUGUCAGGAAAACGGGUUUGUUUUCCUAAUUCUAUAGUGAUCCUUUAAGGAUGGCGGACGUGCUAUGCCGUCCUUGGGGACCCAGCUCUAAAUGCCACAGGCGGCAUAGCAUAUCCCCGCCGUCCAGGGGACUUACCUGGCAUUCCAGGGGGUCCCCCUGUUGCCGAUCCGGCCUUCCUGGGCCAUGUAAUUGCGAGGACCUCACUAUCACAUGGACGGAAUAGCCGUCCAUAGCAGUGCCUGGAAUGACAGGUAGUCUCCCUGCUGCCUGUAAUAAAGUAAAAAGACUGGACAUACCCCAUUUGCAAUACCUUGGGUUGUCUACUAUUGCAAAUGGUAUGCCAUCAUGAGGUAAUUCUCAUUCCUGGGCUUCCAUAUUGUCUCAAAGGCAAUGUAAUAAAUCUGGCGAAUUUUAGUGUGAAAAAAAAGGGACAUGCUAUAUUUGACCCUAUAACUUCCCAAAACACCAUAAAGUCUGUACAUAUGGGGUAUUUACUGUUUUUCCCGUGAGACAUCGCUGAAUACAAAUAUGUGUAUUUUAUUGCAGUAAAAGCAAAAACAGUAUUAUGAUGUUCACAGUUGAACUAAAAAAAAACAAACAAAAUUUCUCAAUUUUAAAAAAUAUUUUAUUCAUAUUAAAUUGUUUCAUAGCUAAAUAUUUGAUGUUAAAUGAAAGCCCUUUUUCCCCUGAAUAAAAUGAUAUAUACGUAGUGGCGGUGCACUUAAUAUGAAAGAGGUGAAUUACGGUUGAACAGACAUAUAGUCAAAUUCCAGGUUUUGUUUAUGUUUUGUUUUGAUCAAACAUUUGGCUCAGUCCUUAAGGGAUUAAUGAAACCGUUUUUUUUGUGUGUAUAGAUCAUGCCGCUGAAGUCGAAGUGCUCAAUUCUCUGCCAUUUUGGAGUUGAAUCACUUUUGUUUCUAAUUUUGCAGUGCUAACCACACCCUGGCUGUGGCUAACACUGUCUUCGUGGGAAAAAUUUUUAAAUUUUCAGUCAGAAGUUAACCUGCUUUAGAAAUUCUUCUCUUGCUCUGUAAAUUGAACUUUAAUAACACACAGGAGGCUUCUGUAAGGUUUGGCAAGCUAUUAACAGCGCAGCAGAUAAGAAAUUCUAAACAAAACUUUCAAUAAAGGAAGUGAAGACAUUAAAUCUCACUUUACAUGAAGUGUUUAGUUAGGCUGUGCAAGUCACAUGCAGAGUGGUGUGACUAGACCUACAUAAACAAAGCAAUUUAGCUCCUAAAUGACAGAGAACGUAGUAAUGAGACUGCAGGGGGCAUGAUCUAUACACCAAAACUACUUAAGUAAGUUGUUUUGGUAACUAUAGUGUCCCUUUAAGAAGUCAUUAGUGGUAUGUUUACAUUUACCAAACAAAACAGUUUAGUGCUCAGAGCAGGAAAAGGCAACCUUUGGCACUCCAGGUAUUAUGAACUAUAUCUUCUAUAAUGCUUUUGCAGGCAUAAUGCUGGCAAAGCAUCAGGGGAGAUUUUGUUAAGGACAUCUGGAGUACUUAAGGUUGCCUAGAGUAUCAUCAAUUAAACAAGUUACUAAGUAUGCAUGGAGUACAAUAUAAUAUGUGUAUUUUAUUGCAGAAUGGAUGAUGGAGAUAUGUCAGAAAGAAGUGUUAUUGAAGAAAAUGGAGAACUUUCUGAAGAUGAACAACCCCAGAAUAAGCACAGUAAACACAAAAAGAAGAAACACAAACACCGGAGCAAGCACAAAAAGCAUAAGCAUUUACCUGAAGCAGAGAAGGAGAAAGACAAAAAACACAAGCAUAAACACAAACAUAAGAAGCACAAAAGGAAAGAUGGUGUAGAUAUUAACAAAGAUGACCUUUCACCAUCAAAGAGAACAAAACUUGAUGACUUUGCUCUGCUGGAAGACUUGGAGAAACAGAGAGCUAUGAUUAAAGCAGAGCUUGACAAUGAAUUAAUGGAAGGUAAAGUCCAUUCCGGCAUGGGAUUAAUAUUACAGGGUUAUAACUCUGGUUCUGAGGAGGAGGGAGAGAUUAAUGAAAAAAUUCGCAAUGGGAAAAGAAUAUCUUCCAAGUCAAAUGCUAAGGGAAAACAAGAUGACUUAAAAAACACUUCUAAAAGAAGGAGCAAAAGUAAGUCCAAAGAGAAGACAAAACACAAAUCAGAGAAAAAAAAGCCAAAAAACAAUUCUGAAACUGUUAAAGAAAAAGUACCGCAAAGCAAGUCAAAAGAAAGAAGGAAAUCCAAAAGUCCAGUCAGAAGAAACAGAUCACAAGACCAACUUAAAAGAUCACCAGCCUUGCGACGACAAUCUCCAGAAAAAAAUAUUAAAUCAAAAUCUCCCUCAAAUGAAAGGUUAAAAACAAGGGACAGGAAAAAAUCACCAGUGGUCAGUGAAAUCAGAGGUAGAGACCGUAGUAGGAAGUCUAAAUCUCCAAUAAUAAUUGACAGAAGCAAAUCCAAAGAAAGACGGUCUAAGUCAAAAGAAAAGAAAACCAGGAGGUCUGAUGGGGAAAGAGAUAAGAAACCUCUUAAAUCUCCCUCCAAAGAUGCUUCUUCUGGGAAAGAAAACCGUUCCCCAGUUCGACGGCUAGUACGCAGCCCAAAAGCAAGAAGCUUAUCUCCUAAACAACGUGAUAGGACUUUGCGACAUAGCAGAUCUCCACAUGAUCGGAAGGCUAAAACUCCACCUCGGGCCCAAUCUCCUUCUCGGAGAGCAAAAAGCAAAUCAGUGGAACGUAAAAGAAGAGAACCAGAGAGAAGAAGAUUAUCGUCUCCCAGGUAAUGUACUUUACAAUUCGAAAUUAUUAAAAGUUGUAUUGUUUAUAUUAUGCCAAAUAGUUAUUGUGUAAAAAAAAAAAAAAAAAAAGUCAUUGUUCUGUUUUUUUGUUUGUAUUUAAUAUAUGUAUUUCAAAUAUUAAGUCAGUUUCUUGUAGGAUAGAUACUACAUAACAUUUGUGUAAAAUGUACAAAACAAAAAUAGGGGAAAACGCUGUCUGUACCUAAAAAGAAAUUAACAAUUCAUAGUGUAAAACUGCAUUAGGCAUCUAUAGUGACGCGCAAUUAGAUGCACUCACAAAGUGUAGAUAAUCAAAGUACCCCAUAUCUUUUAGGGGGGUGUGGUUUGGAUCUCUGAAUUCAGGAACCAGGAAAGAGCAGGAAACGAAGUAUAAAAAUAAAAAAUAUAUUUAUUGAUAAAAAAAAAAGCCACGUGGACCAGUGGCUUUUUUUUUCAUCAAUAAAUAUAUUUUUUAUUUUUAUACUUGGUUUCCUGCUCUUUCCUGGCUCCUGAGUUCGGAGAUCCAAACCAUACCCCCCUAAAGGAUUAGGAGUGGCACUCUUAAGGCACUUUGAUUAUCUACACUUUGUGAGUGCAUCUAAUAGCGUGUCACUAUACAUGCCUAAUGCAGUUUUACACUAUGAAUUUUUAAUUUCUUUUUAGGUACAGACAGCGUUUUCCCCUAUUUUUUUGUAUAUUUGCUAAUCCAGGCAUCCACGUGGGAAGGUUGCCAAGGGAAGCUGUCAUCAAGUUAAGUUAUAUUAUUAUUUUUAUAUCUUUUUUUGUAUUUGGUGUUUUUGGUACCACAUUUGUGUAAAAUGGUCAAGCUGUUAACUGUUUCUUACCUUUUCAUAAUGUUGGGUUACAAUUGCAUGCAUCAUCACCACUGUUGAUGUCAUAUCUAUUCUAAAUCAUUUUAUUGGGUUCAAUAAUAGAAACUGCAGUCUUCAAGGAGAAGCAAAACUACGGUAAUGUUUUUUUUUUUUGUUAGAAACACUUGAGUACUCCUUGAGAGUAGGAUGUGAAACCGUUAACUUAUGAGCAAUAACAGGAUCUUUUUUUAUUUAUUUUUUUAUUUUAGAGCAUUACCUAGUCCAUGAGACUAAAUAUAUUUGCAUGAAAACUCCAAACAUGGCAAAAUGUGUGUAUAUAUAUAUAUGUGUGUGUGUGUGUGUGUGUGUGUGUGUGUGUAUAUAAUAUGAAAUCCCUGCACUCAGACUCAAAAAGAUUACAUACCGGGUGCUUGUAGUCCUAGGGAAAAAUCAGAUAUCCACAUAACAGGUGACCAGCACUCACGGAUUCAUGAAAAGGUUAAAACAUCCAAAGUUUAAUGAAAAAUAAAAGAGACAGCUCAACGUUUCAGUCCUCCUCCGGGACUUUCAUCAGGAACAAAUGUUUUUGUUCCUGAUGAAAGUCCCGGAGGAGGACUAAAAUGUCGAGCUGUCUUUUUUAUUUUUCAUUAAACUUUGGAUGUUUUAACCUUUUCAUGAAUCCGUGAGUGCUGGUCACCUGUUAUGUGGAGAUAUAUUUAUUUUUUAUCCAAGGGUGCAUCACCUUGGAUAUUGGAGCCUAGGUGAUGCACCCGGUACUUACCGACCAGGUUCCAUUCCUACGACCUGGUUGUAGAACGAAUUGGUCGGUAAGUGAGGAGUUAAGGGAUUCCCUGUUCGAGGUCGUUUCCCCGAACAUAGACAUGCGCACCAGAGCAGGGAAUCCCUCAAAUCUAUGUUGGGGGUAAUUUCCCUGAACAUAGAUUAGAGGAAUUCUUUGCUAUUCUGCGUUCGUCUAUGUUCGGGGAAGUUUCCCCGAACAUAGACGAACCCCCCAGAGCAGGGAAUCCUCGCGAUGGCUCGCACUUACUCCUGGUGGUAAGUGCGAGCAGUCGUAAAAUAGGUAUGUUGCAAAACGAGGACCACCUGUAUGUGUAGGUAUGUAUAUAUAUAUAUAUGUGUGUGUGUGUGUGUGUGUGUGUGUGUGUGUGUAUGUGUAUAUAUAUAUAUAUAUAUAUAUAUGUAUAUUUUAUUAUUAUUAUUAUUAUUAUAAUAUAUAUAUAUAUAUAUAUAUAUAUAUAUAUUAAUUUUUUUUAUUUUUUUUUAUUUAUUUUUUUAUAAAUAAUACAUUUCUUAUCUUGGUUACGUAAAUGUGCACUCCGACGUUAAAAAUCGAUAUUUGGUUUAAAGAUUUCCUACAUUAGUUGCCAGGAGGUGUAAGAAGUUCACUUACAUUUAUUGCAGGGUCAAGUAAUCUCCUGAUGCUGAUUUGCUCCUGGAGACUGUCAUUGAUUAUACCUCCCCAUAGGAAAGCAUUAAUUCAAUGCUUUCCAAUGGUGAAAAAUAUGACGCUCAUGCAGAACGUGAGGACGUCCAGCGUCAGAUACCGGACAAAAGAUCUGUUUCAAUUUGGGAAGCCUUCUAGUGGCUGUUUGGUAGACAGCCACUGAGGCAGACAGUGCUGCAAUAAAAACAUUGCAGUUUCUAUGGAACUGCCAUGCUUUACAUUGCAGUACUAAGUGCAAAAGGAACACUGCACCCAGAUUACUUCAAUUAGUGGUCUUGGUACCCACAGGGUCCCUUUAACUUGCUUGAUUGGAAAAAUUAUGGCUUGCGCUUGAUGUUGUCUUGUAUAAUUUGUGCAAGCCAAAAGUAUAUUUAUUUUAUAAUUUGUAUAAUUUUCUUUUGUAAAGCUAUACAAAUAUAUAGAGAAUAAGAAUAUAAAAAAGACCAAGCAAUUAUAACUACUAAUCUGUUAACUAUGCAGCAGUAAUAUAUACAUGCGCAAAAUAUUGUCUUAUGGAAGUCAAACUGUAUAUAAAAAAUCCAAAAAAAAGCAUAUCAUCACAAUUGCCGUUCAUAUAUAGACGAAAUUAAUAUUGCAAAAUGCUAAUGUAGAAGUACAGACUGUCCUCCUUUACUGACCAGACUCUCUUCUUACGACAUAGUCGUAAAACAAAUUGGUCGGCAAGUGAUGAUGCGCUAGCGAGCAUGCGGAAGAAAGCAGGCCUACGUUCGGUGGAAUUCCUCCGAACAUAGCCCAGUUAACUAGCACAGGGAAUUCCGCAAAAUUAUGUUCAGGGAAACUUCCCCGAUCAUAGAUUAGCUCACCAGUGCAGGGAAUCGCUGAAAUCUAUGUUCAGGAAAAAUUCCCUCGAACAUAGACCUGCUCUCUAACGUGGGGAAUCCCUCAAAUCGCUGCGCUAAAGAGAUGGUCGUAAGUGUGAGCCCUUGUAAAACAGGUAGGUUAAGUGAGGACCAACUCUGUCUAAUGGGCCCUUGGUUUGUGUCAAAGUGUUUGAAAAUUGUUUGGAGGACGACACCAGGGCUUUCUGGCCCAGAAACCCUACAUAGUGCCACUUUUUGAUAGGGUCAUCCCAGACUGGAAGUGACCCAUGUGUUUUUUUUUGUUUUUUUUUUAUUCCCACUAAUUCUUUAAAAACAAAGUAUAGAGAAAUAAGAUACCUUUUAAAAAUUUGUCAGUUCACUUACAUAUAAGGGAGAGAUUCUCCUCCAUGAAUCAGGAGCCUGUCAUUCUGUCCUGUAUUAGAAAUACACCACCUCGUGUAUUACAAAUAUAUUUUUAAUUUACAUUUUAUUGCUUUGAAAUACUUUAAAUUCUAAUUCUUAACCAUGCCUAUUUUGUUACUGAUUAUUUUGUUUAGAACCCGCUCUAGAGAUGAUCCCCUAACAAGAUAUGAUCGAGCAAAAGAUCCUAGUCCUCUUCGACGGUCCCCAUCCAGGAGGCGACCAAGUAGGUCUCCUAUUCGAAGACGAUCACGUUCACCGUUAAGGAGAAGUAGAUCUCCAUGGAGACGAAGUAGAUCUCCUUAUAGGCGGUAAGCAAGAAUAUUGUACCAGCUUGUAAGAACAUUAAUAUGAACUUAACCACUAUUGGGUUAUACACAGAAAUAUUACAAAUGGUGCAAAACAAAAUCGCACUUCAGAAUAAAGGAUCAAAAAACAAAAGUUUGUGCUGGACAUUAUUUAUUUGGAGUACUUGUUCAGGCCUGGGAUGGAUCCUUUGUCUGUGCAUCCUUGUUAGUACGAAGUCUUCAUAUUUGAGUUAUGUACACAGAAAUAUAACCACUCACAAGUAGUUUUUAACAAAAAUAAAACCAUAUAUUCUGACUUAACAAAAAAUAUUGUUUAAUACAAAAAAGUAUAGAAUUUAAAUAAAGUAGGUUAUAAAAGUUACCUAUAAAACUUAUUUGAUAUUAAUAAUAAUAAGAGUCAGACAGCACCUUUAAAAAAAAUUUCCAUUUGAUUUUUCUUAAAGAGACCGAAAUCGAAGAAGCCGCUCUCGUCUUAGAAGGCGGUCUCAUUCCCGGGGAGGACGUACUCGGAGAAGGAGAACUAGGAGCAAAGAUAAAGAAGAUAAAUUUAAAGGAAGCCUUUCUGAAGGGAUGAAAGUGGAACAAGACUCUUCUGAUGAAAAGUAUGAAAUAGAUAUUUCAAAAGAUGGUUCUUUAUAAAGAAAAACUAUAGUGCACAACAUGUAUAAAAUGAUUAGGUUGGUUUGCAAAGUUUAAGAAUUCAAUAUAUGUUCAAGGCCAUUAUUUUGUUUUUUCUUUAAGGGACAAGCUAAGCAUCAUGUAGUGGUUAUGGAGCAAGGAAUCUUCAGGCACUGUCCCACUGUUAAGUGUCAAGCCUUUGAAUUGUUUCGUACUUACCUGGUUCCCCUGGACACAUGCAGCCCAGUCCCUCUUUACAGUUAUCGCUAAAGCAGAAGAUCCUGCUUGUGCAUAAAAUAUAUAAAUUCCAUUAAUCUUUGAAAUUCAUUGGCUGCGGGUGUCAGUCAUAACUCUGGAAGUGAAUUCCAUCCAAAGUGUCACUACACUGAUAUUGUUAAACCUGAAGGGGACAUUUUAUUUUAGUGAUAUUUGUGAGAACAAGUCAGACCGCAAGAGCUAAAAACUAAAAUGGUUUGCUUCUUAAUAGAUGGUAACAGGGGUCUAUGGGCACCUUAAUCACUACAGCGCCAUGAAUUGAAAUUAGUGUUUAGCGUGUCGCUUUAAACAUAUGUAAAAUGCCCACUGCUAAUACCUUUGUACCACAGAAACAGAUGGGGGAGAAAAGCAUAGAGGUUUUUAUUUUUUUAGAUUUGCCAUUUUGACUUGGUCAGUGAUCUCAGAUAAUCGUUGUCACUUCCACUUAGCAAUUUCCUUAAUUGCCUUUUCUUUUCUGUUAUGCAAAAAGGUUUUAUUUUUGUUUUUUUUCAGCUGAUUAAAACAUUAUUCUAUAAUUGUGUAUUACACAUGGUUUGGUAACAUACAGAGGUGGCAUCUCCAGUCAUAAUGCAAACUUGAAUAUACCAUCAUUACCACUGUUGUUUUCUGAAACUCCUGACACUGUCUCUUAGCAGACGUUGCAUCAAAGUUGUAUUUCCAACAUAUUUUCUGUUUAUGCACAAAAAUGUGUGAAAUCUUUAAAACACCUCCUGUUGGCAUGAUCCACACCAGAUUUAUUUUUUUUUGUCCGUAAGCAGCACUUUUUUUUACCAUUAUUUAAGAAGUUGUCUUUGCUGUCUGUUGUCAAAACAUUCCCUGCUUCAUUUCCCACAGGGAUAGUAAGUACAGUGACUGAAUUGCAAAAUUCAUUCCAAAAGCUUCAAACUUGACUAUAAUCACAGUACACAUUAAUAUGCCCGCUUGAGAAGGGGUGGACUAUAGGUGCCUCGCCCAUAGACUUUUUGCAGCAUGCACUGAGCUAAAUUGGCUAUGUUAACAGAACAGUCUGCUUUUAAUAAAGAGUUGAUAUUUACUAAAACAGGCAUAAUCAAUCUGCUUUAAAUGCACUUUUCUGCUUCAAUCUUCACUAUUACUUUUUAUAUUCCUUAGUCUUGAAGACUUUGAUGUUGAGGAAGAAGAUGAAGAGGCUCUUAUAGAGCAGAGGAGACUGCAGAGGCUAGCAAUUGUACAGGUAAAAAAAAUGUUUAAUCUUUGCUAGAAAAUGAAUCGAUAUGUUUGGAAAUUGGAAACGGUUUCUAGUGUUCUGACGAGGAAUAUGUGGAUAAAAAGGAAAAAAAACCCUGUCGUAUGCAUAUUCAUUGUAAUGUUUCAUACACAUCUGCGAACAGAAAAAAAAUCAUGUCUAUUUUUAUUGAAAUUCGAUAUUUUGUCAAAAACGAAACUACAGAAACCUAAAUGGAAAUGCAAGUUAUUUUGUAAAAUGACAGACCUGUUUUAAAAACGUUUAAUUUCUAAAGCAACGUCUGAAAUAUCACUUGUUGCUUUAGAAAUGAGGCCUUGAAGAAUCUACUUGCCAUGUUAAGUAACACUGUUGUACUAACUAAUUGAAUAUUCUGACUGUAAAACUAUUGGUUUUUAAACCUCAGUAAUGCAAACCUAAAGAUGGCGUAGUUACUGAACUGGAGGUUCAAAAAUCACGUUGCGUUAAUAGCAAUAUAAAUGUGUGCUUUCUCAUACAUAUAGGAGAAAUUCUUUGUUUGGAAAGGUCAUACUUACUGAAGUCCUAUUGACAUUAAUAGAAAUGUGAUGUACAGUACUGCUGCAAGUACUUACAAUGAACUAAGAAUCUGCUCUGACAAUUUGCGUAUUCGAAUACCACAAUGUUCUUCCUGCUUUCAGCAGUCUUGUUUUCUUUUGUAAAGAUAUUCUAAAAGAAGAGCUAGUUGCCGUAAAAUAUUUCCUGUUAUAUUGUUUGUUUGUUUUUUCUUUCUUGUUACGAAUUGUGCAUUGGAUGCCUGUAGUAUUUUUCUGCAUAUCCAUUAGAACAGAGGUUCCCAGCCCAGUCCUCAAGUACCCCCUAAUGGUCCAGGAUUUAGGGAUUACCCUGUUGUGUCUAAAACACCUUAGACACAAUGGGGUAAUCCCUAAAUCCUGGACUGUUAUGGGGUACUUGGGGACUGGGUUGGGAACCACUGUAUUAGAAUAUUUGUGAAAGUUCCUGUUCUCUCUCAGAACCUUGCAUAGUUGACCAUUGUCCACUAACCAAGCUUUAGGCAGUCUUAGCUUUCUUCAGUUGUAGGAAAGUAGAGGAACAGUUAUAACAAGCAACUAAUUUAUCUUUCAUGGUCUUUUUGUAAAAUACAGAACACAUUUUUAGUUCAACUUUUGCUAUGUUUGCAGAAAUACAAAUAUCAAAAUGAAGACAGCAAUAUGUCUGUACCUUCCGAGCCCAGCAGUCCUCAAAGCAGUGCACGGAGCCGCUCAGCUUCCCCAGAUGACAUUCUUGAGCGUGUUGCUGCUGACGUUAAGCAGUAUGAGAGGGAGAACUAUGACACUUUUGAGGCUUCUGUGAAAGCCAAACAUAAUCUUAUGACAGAACAGAAUAAUGGUAAGUGUUAAACUUAAUGUUAUCUAGUGCUUGACAAAGCAGUUUACUUGUCCUUUUUCCUGCUAUCAUAGUUAUUGAGUCUCUAAUAUUUUGUCCGUUCACAGAGUUCUCAUAUUCUUUCUGCUUGCUUGCACUCUGUGUCUGUGUGGGUAUAGAUUUAAAAAAAAAAAUGCCAUGCAUGAAGGCGGGAGGUAAUGGGGAAUUGACGGAGGGAGGGAGUGGAGAUCAAGCUUGCCUGGCAGAGGUGCAUCAUUGAUGACAUACUUAAUUGUUUUUCUCUUUCUAAAGGUGCUACACAGAAAAAAAUAAUUGCCCCUGACAUGUUCACCGAAUCUGAUGAUAUGUUUGCUGCAUACUUCGAUGUAAGUUGUGUUCCCCGCCUCAAUUUUAGUUACCUGUUAUGUGCAUUGAAAAUUAUGGGUCAUGCAUCUCAGUAGUAAAGGCGGUCUCUGACAAACCAUUAUUUCCUAUUUUGUCAUGCACCAUGCAUAGACUUCUGCGUAGUUUUAAACAAAAGUUGCAAAACUUAUGUUUUUCUAGUAAUAAAGAAAAUCAAAAUACAUUGUACUACAUUGUUGUAGUGAUUGCCGGCCAUUAGUUGCCUAAUGCAUGCAUACAGAUACCUGAAUACAUAGGUAGAGGAGUCUGCUUGUACAAGGGACUGAUUGCUCUGUAAACCAAAAAUAGCAUUCUCGUCACUUUUUAACCUUCAAUUAUCAGAAUUUGUAGCAUCACAGACUGAAUGGAGACAAGCUGUAUCAUUAUUUAACGUAAGGCCUCCUUCUCAAUUAUGUAUUUUUUUUUUUCCAUUCUUUUUUUGUCCCAAUUCAUUUUUCCAUGAUUUUAAAAUUAAAUCAACAUCUUUGAUAUAAGUGAUGCACAUAUGAUCAAAAUCAACUGAAGAUCAGUUUUAGUUACGGAGGAAUCUGUCUAUGGCUCUGGCUCUCUUUAGUAACCAUAUUUGAUGAGUUAAUAGUCUUUGUUAAAGAGUUAGUUCAAAUACGUAUGGCUGUUUCUUUUUCUCUUGUAUACAUUCAUGCCUUUGAUGGAAUGUCCUUUUUAACAAGCUAUUAAUCAAGUUCGAAGAUGCUUAACCUUUAUGAUGGAUAGAAGCUGGAUUUUUAAGUGAAAGUCUGACUUUUUGAUGGUUUCAUUUCUACUAUUUAAAAAGAUAUUUAAGUGUUUCAAUUGGUCCUCUCCAGAACUAAACAAUUGCCUCAUUUUCUUUCAGAGUGCUCGUUUUAGAGCUGCUGGCAUUGGAAAAGACUUUAAGGAAAAUCCUAACUUAAGGGAUAACUGGACAGAUUCUGAAGGCUACUACCGUAAGCAAUUUCCGCAGUUUGUUCCACUAUCAUUCACUGUUAUAAUAUGCUAACUUUUUAUGAAGCACUGUAUUGAGUAGACAGACUACAGUGCAAAAAGCACAUUUAAACACAUAUACAAAACAGAUUGAAGUCUGUCACUGUUAUACUGCAUGUAAGCCUAAAUCACUAGUGCACAGAAACAUACCUGGGCACCACUGCAUCCAGACACGUCUCUUCCAUUUCCCAUGCUUUCUCUUUAAUUAGUUUUGUAAGUUAUGUUGCACCCCUUACUUUCUACGAACCUGGUCAGACAAGAGUGAAUGCCUGUGCACGACUUCCUAUGGUGACAGAAUAUAGGGGAUGAGUUGCUGCCAGGCACUCCUUGGACAUCUAAUUAAAAAAAAAACACUGGGAUUCGUGAAAGAAAAAUAAAAAGUCUCUGUUUUUAAAAUAUGCUUUAUCAAGCUAGAAAAUAAAUAAAAUGAAUUAAUCACUACUUGUUUGAUCAUGAAGUAGUGGAAUUUACGUUUUUUUUCUUGUUUUUGGCCCACACAGGUGUAAAUAUAGGAGAAAUUUUGGAGAAGCGAUAUAAUGUGUAUGGAUACACUGGCCAGGGAGUCUUCAGUAAUGUUGUGCGUGCCCGAGAUAUGGCUCGAGCAAAUCAGGAAGUUGCUGUGAAAAUAAUCAGAAACAAUGAGCUAAUGUAAGUGUCAAUGAUAUAAAUGUUCGUUAUUUUUAAGUUGCAAAUUUUUUUUAUAUCCAUACUAACAUGUCCCUUGACUGGAAACUCUUAUUCUAAAUUUCUGUUUUGGGGAAAAUUGUGUUCCUUUGUGGUAGAGAAAAGGAAGAGAAUUGGGAUGGGCUGGUGUGAACGAGUGGGAAAAAGUAAUUGGAGCGAGUGAGAGCCGCAAUGUAAGGGCGAAGAACAAUAAGAGCGAGCGCACAGUGGAGUGCAGGAAGAUUCAUGGAAACUGAUAAAUUCUCUGAAUUUACUUCACUUUAGCUGACUGAGUGCCUUAAUAUACAUAGAAUGGCUUUAAUUUAUAUAUUUAUAUCUUAAUGCAAACAUACAUGUGCAUUACCAAAGAUGCUGAUCUGGCUUUUUUUUUUAUCCAGCCCUAUAAAUAUGUACAUGUUUGUGAAAAUUACAUCUGACAUGUUUAAAGGGAGACUUUAGGAAAUUUAAGCAUGCGUGUUUUAAAUACAUUAUAUGGCUAAUAUAUUAGAAAAUGUUAAAACAACCAAUUAAAAAUACCGUAAUAAAAGAUAAAAACAUGCACUUUUGAAAUUGCUGCAUCUGCAGUAAAUAACCAGUAUUUCAAUUUUCACCGCAUAGAUAAGUGAUUUGCCAAUCACAGUGGUGUAAUGCUUUUUUUGUGGAACUUUUCAAGGUACUGACUUUGUCCCAUUUAUUCCUGCACAUCAGGUGUUUAUAGGAAGAGCAACAAUUUAAGACCUUUUAGUUCAGUUAGCAGGGUUUUUUCCCCCUCAUUUUAUACAGUCAAAUUGAGGAUGCAAUAAUGUUAUAUUAGUUGUGCCAACAACUAUAACAUUCAUAAACAAGUAUUGUUGACUGUAUCUGGAGUGACCUUUUAACAACCAGCUGGUGUUGGAGUAUUGUUACAAGUCUUGCACAAUUUAAUUUCUUGUCAAAAUGAAGUACAUACUUUAUAGUGCUGCAGCCACAUAAUGUGUGGUGUGUUUACACACUUAAUUUGACUAUUCCAGGGCAAAUGAGGUGGAAACCGAAUGUAUUGUUUUGGCUUCUCUUUCAUCAACAGUGAUCGAUGGUAGUAAAAGGCAAUCUUUAUAAAGAUAAUUGAAUGUAAUCGAAGAUGGACACACACUUUUCCAGGAAAGAUUUGAAUUUCUACAUUUUAUUUUCAUUUUUACAGCUAACAAACAUUUCUAAAUACAGUGUAUAAGUAUGCAAUAUUACAAAUUGUAGCAUUUAUAAAAUAACGGUCAUUUCCAUUUCUUUAUAUAUAUUUUUUUAUUAUUUUUUUUUACAAUAGGCAAAAAACAGGCUUGAAAGAAUUGGAGUUCCUGAAGAAAUUAAAUGAUGCGGAUCCAGAUGACAAAUUUCAUUGCUUGAGAUUAUUUAGGCAUUUCUAUCACAAACAGCACUUAUGUUUAGUAUUUGAACCACUCAGGUGAGAUUUUUGUAUUUUCCAUGUUGCACAUAUAUAUGGAUUCUUUAUCUGAAUAUAUAUCUAUUGGGUUGGUGUUCCCUUUAGUUGGUUAUUCUGCAUUAUGUUAUGGUUAUGUGUACAUAACAAGUCAUUGUUAAAGGGACACUAUAGUUACAAGAACAGCUUAUUGUAGUUGUUCUGAUAUCUAUAACAUGUUCCUGCAGGCUUUUUGUUGUAAACACUGGCUUGCAGUGUCUGCAUGGAGACCUUGAACUUUCCCCCACAGAGAUGCAAUGAUUCAAUCCAUCUCUUUGAAGAGAUGCUGAUUGACCAAGCUGGCGUUUGGACCCCACCCCGCCUUCUUGAAGAUUUCAGUCAAUCCAAUGCUUUACUAUUAGAAAACCUUGUGAUUGGCUGAGAUCACUUCUGAUGUCAGCCAAGGAGGUGGAUUGGGGGCAGAGCCAACGCCGGCAGACUGGAAUGAAGGUAAGAUUUACUAUAUUUAUGGGAGCAAGGGAGAACUAGGCGGGCUAGAUAGUAAUUUUAACACUGUAGGGUCAGGAGCACAUGCUUGUGUUCCUGACCCUAUAGUGUUUCUUGAAAUUUGGAAGGCCAAUAUCCCAAGCAUACUAUAAUACUGUUUUGGCUUGUUCAACAUACUCUUUGAUUACUACUUAGGUUCAGUUUGCAAAAUAGAGGUAGUUUAACAAAAUAAUUUUAAAAAAGGGCAAUAAAUUUGUAUAUUAACACAUUUGCAUAUUCAAUGAAUUUGAUGAAAAACUCCCCAACAGAUUUCCCACUAAGUUGUUUGUUUGCUUUGGUUUUUUUUUUUUAAUUCAGAGGCCCAUUGAGAGAUAAGCAAAUAAUAACUUGUGUUUAGAAUAAUUUAAUUGGUCCACUGACAGCAGCCUAAUUUGCCAAAUGGCAAUGUAAAACUAAAAUUGUAGUAGGUCAAUAGGAGCCUAAUAAUUAGGAGGGGUGCAGGAUUAUGGUGGCAGGCAACAUGUCUCCAGUGUAUCCUCUAAUAAUUAGAAAGGCAGCACUAUGUGCACGCACAUAUUCUUUCAUCUUGUUUUAUCCGAUGAGCAUUAAAGGACCACUAUAGUGCAAGGAAAACAUACUCUUUUUCCUGGCACUAUAGUGCCCUGAGGGUGCCCCCACCCUCAGGGUCCCACUCCCGCCGGGCUCUGGGGAGAGGAAAGGGGUUAAACUUACCUUUUUUCCAGCGCCGGGCGGGGAGCUCUCCACCUCCUCUUCGGCUGAAUGCGCAUGCGCGGCAAGAGCUGCGCGCGCAUUCAGCUGGUCUCAUAGGAAAACAUUUAUAAUGCUUUCCUAUGGACGCUUGCGUCUUAUCACUGUGAUUUUUCACAGUGAGAAGCACGCAAACGCCUCUAGCGGCUGUCAUUGAGACAGCCAUUAGAGGCUUUAGAGGCUGGAUUAACCCAUUUAUAAACAUAGCAGUUUCUCUGAAACUGCUAUGUUUAUAAAAAAAAUGGGUUAACCCUAGCUGGACCAGGCACCCAGACCACUUCAUUAAGCUGAAGUGGUCUAGGUGCCUAGAGUGGUCCUUUAAUUACUGUUGUGGAAUAAUAUAACUCUGGUGAUUUCUUGGACUAUCUGAAUACCAGGAGAGGGGCUUAGACUGUCUCAUAUAUAUUCACUUUAUGAGGAACAAAUUAUGGAAAGAUGAGGGGGCUGCUUGGACUCUUGCCAUGAGCACUGGGGAUCUUCCUGUUAUACUUUCACAUUAGCCAAACUGCAGCAGAGAGGUCAGAAAUUAAAGAGACCCUAUAGUCACCAGAACAACUACAUCUUAUGGUAGUUGUUCUGGUGUCUUUAGCCUGUCCCUGCAGGCUUUUUGGUGUAAACACUGCCUUUAAAGAAAAAAAAAAAAAAAGGCAGUGUUUACAUUACAGCUUUGGAACUCCUCUACUGGCCACUCAGCUGACCACUAGAGAUGCUACCUUGGUCAGUGCUGCACAAUGUACAGCACUGACGUUGAUACACUGAACUUUCCCCAUAGACAUGCACUGAUUUAAUUAAUCUCUAUGAUGAAAUGCUGAUUGGCUAGGACAGUAUUUGGUACCGCCACUGCCCUGCCUCCUUUGCUGAGAUUAUUAGGAUUGACGAUCUCAACCAAUUCAAUGCUUUCCUAUUGGAAAACAUUGUGAUUAACUGAGAUUAUCAACUCUGGUCAACCAAGGAGGCGGAUCGUGGGUGGAGCCAGUGCCGGCAGACUUGCUCAGGAAAUAAGAUGAGUUUUUACUAUAUUUUUGGGGGGCCAAAUACUGUGAAAAUAUACGUUUGUGUUCCUGUCCCUAUGAUGUUCCUGUAAGCACCGCGAGAGACAUAUUUAUUAAUCUGUUUUAUUGAUUUUAUGCUGAUUAAGGAAACAUUUGUGUGUUCUUUCAUUUUAAUGUCUUCUAAUGUUUUACAUCAAGAUAUUGUUUGUAGUGUUACCGACAAGUAGGCUCAUGUGCAGUGUUAAUCUUGAAUGUGUAAAAUAACUUUUUUCCCCCCCAUUUUUAUGGAAAAUAAAGUAUGAACUUGAGAGAAGUUUUGAAGAAAUAUGGCAAAGAUGUAGGCCUCCACAUUAAGGCAGUGCGGUCCUAUAGCCAACAGCUCUUUCUGGCAUUAAAGCUUCUAAAAAGAUGCAACAUUCUUCAUGCAGAUAUUAAACCCGAUAACAUUCUGGUAAGGGAUUUCCAUCAUUCUAUGCUAUUCUUUUAUUUUUUUUAUUUUAUUUGAUUUCUAACUAGAUUUUUCCUUGGCACUAUGCAGUUUCUUUCCCUUCACUGUAUAUCCAACCCCAAUAUAUUGCUUCCUAAAUCCUGUCCAUUUGCAUGUUUUCUAGUUAUCUUUAUUUAUUCACUUACCUCUCUUAAGUUCUUUAACUCGAUUUAUCGCAAUGCCCCACUCAAUUUAGUUUUCCUAAGUUUAUCUUUCAUCAUAUCUAUAUUCCAGCUUCACUUCCCUCAUCGGUUUGCCUUCUUGUGUAUCUUGAAAGUAAAAUUUACAAUGUAUCUGGUGUUUUAAUAGGAAACAAUAUUUUCACUUAAAUUUUAUGCAGCAACUUUUUUUUUUUUUUUUUUUAAAUAUCUGAUAUUUUUAAAAUAGCAAAAGUUCUUUCAGGACUAAAGUUUUCCUACAAUUUCUGUGACCACUGUCCACCCCACUUUGGUAGUGAAAGUUAAGAUUACCUUUGAAUAUGUCCGCAUGCCUGCUGAUAUCCUUUGCGAUCUCUUCCAAUCCAGUGCUUCUCCUAGAGAAGCAAUAGUGGCUGAGAUACGCAAGCGGCUGUCAGAUGGUAACCGCCACCUAGAGCUGUAUUAACCCUUCAAUGUAAAUUUAGCUGUUUCUACAAAAGAUAAAAGUAGAGUAAUUUGCGGGUAUAAUUUAACUUUAUUAGCUUGAUCAUGACAUCCUCUAAAUCACUGUAAAUGAACACAAAUAAUUUUUUUUUUUUCUUGCUUUGUGUGUUCUCUGAUUUGCAGAUACUUUUUCUUUUUAGCUUGUCUCUGUAUUGGAAGAGUACUAAAUUUGAAUAUUUAUAUUUGUUUUUUGUUUUUAAGUGGGUUUCAAAUGUUUAAUUUUAGUUUAUUUUUAUGAAUAUAUUGAAUGUUCACUUCACUAAAUAUUUACUAGAAUAUUCCUGUAUUUGAUCUUUAGUGGAUUUGCAGGGAUGCAAGAUCUUACUAAUCUUUAUAUUCGUUUUUGUUUUUUAAAUCAGGUAAAUGAAUCCAAAACCAUUCUGAAACUCUGUGACUUUGGUUCUGCAUCCCAUGUUGCAGAUAAUGACAUUACACCAUAUCUUGUCAGUAGAUUUUAUCGAGCACCUGAAAUCAGUAAGUAAAAGUUAAUAGUUAUUAAAGGCACGUGAAUAAGAUUAAUAAUUGUGGAUGUUUUUUAUGAAAAUGUAAUGACUGUAAACAACUUUUCACUGUAUGUGUACAUUGUUAAGAGACCAAAAUUUCUUCAUCUUAAUGAAAUUGUCUUGGUGCAGUGACCCUAUAAUUUUAACCCUGCAACCCAAAACAUUGCAGUUUAGUAGGUAAGGCAAUGUUAUGAUUGCAGGGUUAACACACCUCUAGUGGCAAUGUUCCUGAUAGCCACCAGAAGGAACUUUCCCUGGAAAACGGAGUCAGACUCUGUUAUUCAAUUAUAAUAACUCAUAGAGAGCAUUUGUUUGGUGCAGAGUGGUGUUUUGCUGUCUUCCAAUGUUUCCAUAUGGGGGAAGCAUUGGAUUGAUCUAAACCAGGGAGUCGGGGCUAAAGUAGUGGAGAAUGGUGUGUCAAGGGUUAUGGGGGGGGGGGGUGUUUUAACAUAAUAUAGCAGUGAGUUAAAAAUUUAAUUAAAUUCAUAAAAAACAAAACAUUCUCAAUAGAAAAGGUAAACCUGAAAAAUUAAAAAUUCUGCGUUCCCUCAUUGUACUUCUAAGUGUUUUCUGAAGUAAGUGGUCCUGCAGAAAUAUGUAAAAAAAACAAAAAUAGAUCUUUGUGCCAACUCGGGCAUAUACAUGUAAAUUUAUGUGCAAUUUUAUGAAUGUGCACUGGCAGCCGGCCACUUAUUAAAAACCAAAAAACAUUGAUUUAGAAAAAUAACAGAACAGUUAGCUUACUUUUAAUGAACAGUUAGCUCAAGCAAAAAUCUUAAUAGCAAAAAUCAUAUUUAAAAGGACAAUGAGGUCAGAUUUAAUACUGCCCUUUAAAAAAAAUAAAAAAAUAAAAAAUCUUUUACAUGAAUAACAUACAUUUCCCCUCCCCACCCCCCAAAACCAGUAAGGUGUUACAAAAAAUUAAGCAAUAGAGGCUGAUACGCAUGCGCGGCCAAAUGCCAUCUUCCUCCAAUCAUUGCAGGACUGAGUUUGACUCCAUUAUUUAGGAGUCAUACUCUUACAUAGCUAAUCUUGCGAGGCACUGCUUGAUGUCUUUCUCUUUAAUGUUCUUCCUAUACAGUCACGUGUCUUUUAUUUUCUUUAAAUAUAUUUUAUUUUUAAGUAUAAUUUUUUAUUAUGGGUAUGUCACAGUAUACAUGAAAACACAAAGACUUGUGUUGAUGAGAAAAACAAACGUAUAAUAGAUACAAUAACGCAUGUACAAACCGUUUAAAUAUAUGGUUAAUGUUUUGAAUAGGAAGCCAUCUUUUCUUUUUUCCCUAUAUUUCUUGGCUAAAAAGCAGAGCCGGUUCUGCUUUGAAAAUAAAAUGCAAAAUAUUUAGCAUUAAAUCAGACAUCACUGAAAUCAAAUUUGUAAAGGUCAAAAUGUGUUCGACUAUAAAAUAUUUUGAUUAUACUUUUCUUCAAAAUCCUUUUAAUUUAGUAGUACCUUUGUUUUAUGGAAUGUGAGUAGAAAUUGUGGCUACCUACCUUACUAGUGUUCUUCUUUGCUCAGUCUGCUUUAACUUUUAAACCUGUGAUUUAUUUUAACAAUAUGACGCUUUUCUUCCAGUAAUUGGAAAAAUAUAUGACUACGGAAUAGACAUGUGGUCAGUGGGCUGUACCCUAUAUGAACUUUAUACUGGAAAGAUCUUGUUCCCUGGCAAAACAAACAACCACAUGAUAAAAUUAGCCAUGGACUUAAAAGGAAAGAUGCCAAACAAGGUAACGAACUAGCUGAUAUUGUUUUCCAAAUUUUAGAAUGUUAUUGUACCUUAAUGCUUUAAAAAAUAAAAAUUUGAUGACUGUUGUCUUUUAAGAUUAAAUAAAUGUUUUUAGUUUUAAUAAAAUGUAAUGAUAUAUAUUUUUAAUGAAAAUAUAGGUAAACGUGGAUAAACUUGAAAAAUGAGAAGUAAAAAUUUGAUGGCAGGUGUUUUUUACACUUUGUAAAGCAUAGUGAAUUUCGAAAUAUUAGAUUUUCUUUUUUUACGUGCAUGCUAAAGUUAUGAAAUUCUAAAAAUAGCUCUUUAUAAAAUGCUAUGUGUUAUUUGUAAAAUACAAUUCACUUAUAACCCUAUUAAACAUAAUUAAAAAGUAAAAUGCUAUCAUGUGUCUUAUAAUGGUCCCUAAACUAUAUUUGUAAUGUUUCCAAAUGCCAAAAUACCAGAUUAUUGCAAUAUGUAAUGAUUACCUUUUUUAUUAGACUAGUAGAAUAUUUCAAAGACAAGCUUUCGAGUCUUCCUUUCUUCCUCAGGUCUGAAGCAAACUCUCGAAAGCUUGUCUUUGAAAUAUUAUAUUAGUCCAAUGAAAAAAGGUAUCAUUGCAUACUGCAAUACUCUGGUAUUUUGGCAUCUUGUCUACUGGACUAAUAAUUCUAAACCAAUCUACACUAAUAUAUUUCCCUAUAUUUUCAUAGAAAACAGUUACACUGUUGAGCAUUGUCCAUAUUAUUGUUUGGAAAUAUGUAUAAUGGGUUUUUGACUUUAGUUAAUUUAAUAUCAAACAGCCACAGGAUAUUAAAUGUGUAUACAGAUUUUUCACAAUUUUAUUAUGCUUUGCAGAUGAUUAGAAAAGGCGUGUUUAAGGAUCAACACUUUGAUGCAAAUCUAAACUUCAUGUACAUUGAAGUUGAUAAAGUAACAGAAAGGGUAUGUUUUCUUUUCACAUUAUUCAAUUACAAUGUGUUUUGUUAAUGCAAAUUGUUUUUUUUUAUAAAUUCUUUAUUUUUGCAUUGUGCUUGCGUUUACAUACAUGCGUACUCUGCCACAACAGCAGGAGUCAUAAUUUUCAAGCGGUUCAGUUGGUGUAACAUUAUGGCAUUUGAGGUUUGCGCACAUUUUUAUUUUUAGUAUAAGACAAGAGGUAAAAGGGUGUGUGUCAGCAGGAGUGGUGUGUGGGGGGUAACAGUUGUAGUUUUCAAGGUUACAGGGUGCUGUAUUACAGGUAUUCAUGUGGUGUUGUGCCAGGAUGUCACCUGUGGGGGGAGCUGGUGGACCGUUGUGUGAAGCUGUUGGUGUAUAUCGGCCAUCUAUGGGUUAACGUUUACCUGCGUGCUGUCAAGGGUGUGAAGUGCAGUGACAUAUGUCGCACAAGGCAAUAACAAUAUGGUAAUUAUAUACAUAAGAGCGGAGGAAAAGGAAAAAAAAAAUAUAUAUUAAAAUUUUUAAGAAGAAACAUUCUGAAGGAAAACCAUAAGUCUUCCGUGGCUGGAGCAGUCAUUUACACCGUCCCGUCUCCAGGGACUUUGUGUGGUUUCUAAGAGUUCUUUCUAGCCGUUGUCAUUCAGGUGGCCCGGUUUGUCGGUAUCAUGUUUCUCGGGGUGAAUGGUACAGUGUUGUCUGGAUCCCAUCUCUGUGCAGGGGUCUCUGCUGUGUCGUUUCUUGCCGAUAGACCCAUCUUGGUGAGCACCGCAGGUACUUCUGUGGGCGUGGAAACUCUGUGCAUGGUCCCAUUGUGAGUGAUUAGCAGGGAUCGAGGUGCACCCCUGCGGAGCGCAGUUGGUUUGUAAAGUGGGACAGUGUUCGGCGCCACUGAAGGGUGGCUCUGGUUAAGUCCUGGAAACAUAACAGCUGUGCGUUUUCAAAGGUCAAGGGGGUUUUGUCCCGUACUGCCGACAUGAUGUUGUUUUUGUCCUGUGUGGUGACACAGCGUAAGAUAACAUCACUGGGAGUUGUGUUGGGCAUAGUAUUCGAGGGUGGGAGCCUGUAGAGCCCAUCAAGGAGCCUCUUCCUAGCUGUUGCUGGCGGUAGAAUGGUGGUCAGAAGCCUUCUCACAUAGUGAGGCAGUUCAUCAGGUGUGAUGUCUGGGGGAAUCCCUCGUAUUUUAACGUGAUUGCGCCGAGCUCGGUCUUCGUGGGUCGACAGUUGUAGGGAGAGUCCCAUUUGGGUAGUCUGCAUUUGUUGUAUUGCUUCUUUUACUUGUGUGAUGUCUGUUUGAAUGUUCACGAUGCUCUCCUCUGUCACCCUUACUCUUUCAGUUACUUUUUGUACUUCCCCUUUAAGCAGGCCCACAUCUGUGGCCAGUGUCUCCUUGAUGUCUUGCACCCAAGUAAGGAGGUCCUGUUUGGCCAGUGUGUUGUCAGGUGGUGCCUGUGGUGGUGUCAGGGUGUACUCACUGUUAUUCUCCGUUUGUGUGGGAGUAUGAGAUGCAGCACGGGUCGUUGUCUGAGUUUGUUGAACCUCCGUGGCAAUCUUGGAUUGUGCCUGUCUCUGUAGUAGAGCCCCAAUGUCAGGCUGCUCGGCUGGGUGUCCGGACUGUGCUUUUUGCGUACGUCUCCCCAUAUUCGUUGGGGUAUCGUUGUGGGUCGGCAGGGGGUCGCUUGAUAGCGUAUGCUCACCCCGGCUGUACACCCCGCCUAGGAAGUCCUCGAGCCUGGAGAUGGUCGGCGAGGGAUAGGCCUUGAGCCUCCGUUUCACCUUGCCAGAUCUCUGGUGUUGAAAGAAAGGCAUCAAUGUGUGCGCUUCGUCGCCCCGAUGCCGGUUUCGAGGUGGGUCUGGCAAUCGGUCGGUUCCUUUGCAGGAUGUUUGCAGAUUUGUUUCAGGCUUGUUAGGAGCAGGCAGAGAUGGUGUCCGCUCCGUUUCAGGUUCAGGCCACGCCUUGUUUUGUUUUUUUAAUCACCUUUAGUGUCUAGUGAUACACUAGAGGAUAUUAUUGGUUAGUUAUCAAUUAUAGCCUAAGCAUGCAGUAACGAUGCCUAACUUUUUGAAUUAAUAUGAACUGUGACAUCAUUGUGCCGUGUUUUAGAUUUCACUUUUUGCUUUCUUUUCUGUCAGUUUCAUGUCAGUGCCUCUACAAAGCACCAUACUUUGAUAUUUUUCAGUCUCCUACAAAAAUAUUUGUCAACUAAAUUCCUCCUCCCAAUCUUCUCUAUCAAUGUGAUUUACAGUUCUUUUUUGUGUUCGGUCACCAAAGUGGUUUUCACAUACUUUGAUGUUAUUUUAUCAUAUAAGAAUAUAUUCCCAUGGUGAAGAAAACUAUUUAUUUUAUUAAGACUCUAAAUUUCCACUAGUCUUUGAUGAAAGUAAAACGUCUCUUUGAUUACCUUUACAUCCAGUCACAUUACAAGAAGGACAGUGUGUGUUACAGCUCUGUACAUUCCCAGAGAUCUUGUAUUAAAUGGAGGUUUGCGGUGUCAUUUUACUUGUAUGCCUUAUUUGUAGCAUAGGACUUUAACAUUUGAACAAUGCUGUAUAUUUAUUUUUCUGUCAUCUAGGAGAAAGUUACAGUUAUGAGUACUAUUAACCCAACAAAGGACCUGUUGGCUGAUUUAAUUGGAUGCCAGCGGCUUCCGGAGGAACAGCGUAAAAAAGUUCACCAACUGAAGGACUUGUUGGAUCAAAUUCUAAUGCUAGAUCCAGCUAAACGAAUAAGCAUCAAUCAAGCUCUACAACACCCGUUCAUCCAGGAAAAGAUCUAAAUCUGGUUUGAAUAGUUACACAUCAGGACUGAAGAUACUUUCACAGCAGCUUGUUAAUGUAUAUAAAUAUAUAAAUAUUUCCCCUGAAAAAAAAACCAAUUGAGAGCAUGAAAUGUUUGAAUUAAAUUUUUCUUUUUUUUUUUCAAAAAGUUGUCUCACAAACUUUUGUUAUCUGUACAAUUUCUCCACAUUAGAGUGAAUGUAAAUUGGCACAAUUGCAUAAAAGAAAAUGCAGGAAAAAAAAUCCGUACUAAUGCAGUUUGAUUUGAGAAUUAUAUUUGGGAAAAACACGGAUGAAAUUUAAUAAUGCUUGGAUGUUAAUAUUUUAUUUUUAGCAGUCAUGGCUCAUAAUUUUUUAUUUUUUAUUUUUUUUUGUUUGUGUGAGAGAAAACAUGACCAGCAUAAAUGCUGUUUAUAUUCACGUUUUCCUAGGUUGUGUGCGCAGGCCUCAGCAGCAUGCCCUUGGUGUAGUCAGUGCCGAAGGAGGGCCUAUUCCUUCUUGAGCCUGCCUGCAGGGAUGGUGUCCUCUUUUAAAGCAGGUUGUGUACAACUUUCAGUACACUGAAGGUAAGCUUAAACCAUCAACAUCACUGGUAUUUUAAGAUUGUCUGUGUGUUUAUAUUUUUCUUUUGUCAGCAGACAAAUAAGGAUUCGAUAGCAUAUUGUGGCAUUAUCCCACUGCAUGUUUUUCAAGUGACCUACUGUUGCAUCAGGUUUCUGUUUUGUUUCAUCAUUUGGACACUGUUUGUUGCAGUUUAAUUCCAUACUUUCUUUCCAUUCCUUGAGUGUGUGCACUUGAUGGGAGGAGCGCCUUCAGUGUACUGUUUAAUUUUGGUUUUAAGCAUAUUUUUAAUCUACUUGCUUCAUAUUGAAAAGAGUUCACUGUAACAUAGGAAUCUGUACUUUCUGAAAAAGUUGCAUUUAAUGUUCUAGUUGGGGAAAACGUCAAGUUCUUGUGCUUAGAAAAAAAUAACAUUUUUAAAAAUAAAUACAUCCUUUGUAUUGAAAAUGUACUUCUGUGUAUCACCAGUCAGUACCAGCGGGACUUCCAUUGUAUAAUUAUCCGCUAUUAAAUGUAAAUCCUUCUGGUACUGAUUGUAGUUUCUAUUUUAAAUUGUAUAAUUUGUUCAUUGUUUUCAUUUCUUGUGAUCAUGUUGUCUUUCAAUACAGGCAUUUGUUCUCCACUCUUGAACAAAAGCAGCUGCUUUUUAAAAGCGGUAAUUGCUUCUUUACUUUUUUUUUUUAUUUGUUUUGUAAAUGAAACCUUUUCUUUUAAAAAAAUAAAUUGUGUUCAAAACAUUCUUUCUCAUAAACAGUUGAGACUCACUUAUUGUAAAGUGAAGAUUGUUUUGCUGCAUGUACAGUGAUCCAUGCAGAUAUCUGUAUGUUUUCAAUAUGCGUUAUUAGAUAAUAAAGUCUUUUUGUGAACAAGGUUUUUGUAGCCAUUUCUAAGAUUUUGUUUUACUUUUCUUGAGAUCUCUGUAAAUCUGAAAGAACAAAACCCACUGAUAGUACAAACGUUUUUCAGUUUUCCACUGUAAUUUAGAAGUUGCUUUGAAGAAAUAGAUUUUUUUUGUUUGGUUAGCUUUAACAGUUCAUCACUAAUACAUUUUAAAAGUAUUCUAUUCCCAAUAUAUACAUAUCCAUGCCCACAUUCAGAGUAGAUUUAUUCUUCUUAAAGAAUGUGGUGUUAACUAAUAUUUGUGCUGUUUUCUCACUUUUCCUCUUGAUGGUGCUGAAAGAAAAAAGGAAAGAGAAACACAGGCCUCCCAACGGCUGAUUUGCUGAGAAACCAUCAUCACCUUCCUUACAAGGUCAUUUCUGACAGCAUGUGUAGAUAAGCAUUUAGAAAAAAAAAAGUGCUAUCAAAAUGGAAUUACCUACUAUGGUAGUUUAAAAAAAAAAUAAUAAAAAAUAUGACUAAUGUUGAUCUAUUAAAGACAAGACUACAUUUUUCUUAAGCACACAGGACACACCACUGGCUAAAAUAAUUAUUUUGGCACAUUUAUUAUUCAAUUGGUAAGGGUGGUUGUUAACAGGUUUUAUUAUUAUUUGACAGUUACAUGGCAAUCAAAUUGAUUCAGGCUUCUAAUUCCUCUUUAAAAUGUGCUUUGGAAUGAUAUUUGGCUAUAAACAUUUUAAGCAUAUGAACAUUUCUGUUCCUUGUUCAGAAAUGGAAGAUGCAUUUUAUCUUUCUAAAAAUAUGUUCUUUGUUACACAAGGACGAUUUCCAAUAUUAAUAGUUGCUCGUUAAGUGUUCAAUGCUUUUGGGUGGAGGGGAAUUGUAUCUAAUAAGGCAAAAGCUAAAAUUAAAGAAAAGAAAGUUUACAAAACAAAAAUCCUCUAAAGAAUAAAGUUGCUGGUUUACCCAUUUCUUUGUGUUUUAGAUGGAGCUGGAAGGAGGAAGAUGGCAUGAAGACAUAUACCAAGGUUUCUGUUUUAAGCAAGAAAUGUUAUGUGCUGAUACACUCUAGUGGUAUCUUAAUCUUCUAUUAGGUUACUCAGGUCAAGGGCAAUUUUCAUGUUUGUUUUUUUACAUGUAUUAUGUUCUCUAGAUUUGUAGCUCAUUCUUUUGUAACUUUUUACUACUUACAUUCAGAAUUGUUGAACAUGUAAACAUUAUUGGUGCAUGUAAUAAAUCAGCACAUGCAUAUUGUUUUAUAGGUCUAAAUUUGGAAAUACUGUAUCAAAUCCUCACACACGGUUUUAUAACUUUAUGCCUAUUAAACAUACACUUGGCUCUCAGCUACUAGAGCAAGAAAUCGGGGAAUACAAUUUAGUGUUUUUUUUCAGUGGAAAUAAAAAUAGGUUGCAUUAAUAUUGUUUACUUUGUUUUUGUGCUUAGGGUAAGUUGAUGAACUAUUUGGAUUCCUUUAUGAUCACCUAUCAAGCAAAAACACCGUAUCUGUUUAAUGUUCUACUGAUCCUUUCUGUGAUGUUAAUACUAAUAAAAAUACUUAAGUUGUCAACGUAGUGUUCUGUUUUUUAUUAAUAAAACCAACUGAACUAAUUUUUCAGAUUUAUGGAAAUAUCAGUGUAG